AUCAACUGUCGCCUGUCGGUGAAUUUCCUUACUUGUUAAACAGCGUGGAAUGAAGUAGGUUUCAAUUUUAAAUUGGAUUCCUUCUGUACUAAAACGUUAUGGGUAACGUACAAGCUUCAUCUAAUUUACCACCGAUGCCGCCUAAUAUGACGCCUAUUCCGCCACCCACGACACCGCAAAAACUGCCUCCCGAAAGUCGCAUCGAAAACCCCGGAUCUGUUGAAGAAUUACACAAGAAAUGCAAAGAACUGUUUCCAAUGACCUUUGAGGGCAUCCGACUUGUCAUUAAUAAAGGACUAAGCAAUCAUUUUUUCGUUAGCCACAGUCUACUCAUAGGAGCAACCAGUCAAACAUCUAACUACAAAUUUGGAUCUACAUUUGUAGGUACCAAUCAGGUUGGGCCUGGAGAUUUCAGUCCUCUUUUGAUUGGCGAUAUUGAUCCCCGUGGAAAUAUUUCUACAAAUGUUAAUGUACAACCCUGGGAUAAUGUCAAAAUCAAACUUAACACUCAGUUUCAAGAGUUCAAAACGAAUGGAGUUCAAACAACAGCUGAAUAUAAAGCAGACAGAUAUACAGCUACCUUGUGCUUAGUCAAUCCUGAUUUAUUCAAUUAUACGGGAAUUUAUAUAUCUCAGUAUUUAUAUGCUUUGAAUAACAAAACAUCAGUGGGUGCUGAAAUCAUUCACCAGCGUAGUCCACAAAUUCCAAAUGGGCAUAUAACAGUGUUUAAUGUCUUAGGAAGAUAUAUAUAUGAUGAUGCUACCACAAUCAGUACUACAUUGAGUUUAACGGGGUUGCAAUGCUGUUAUCAUUUCAAAGCUAGUGAGCAACUCCAGUUUGGUGUAGAUCUUGAAGGUAGUCUUUUACAACGAGAUAUCAAUGCUACAUUUGCAUAUCAAGCACAAAUUCCUAAAUCAGAUAUCAACAUUAAAGGUAGCAUAGAUAGAAAGUGGAAUGUAAGCACUACACUCGAAAAACGUUUACACCCAAUGCCAUUUACAUUUGCAUUGAGUACUAUGUUUUCUCCUGCCAAACAUCAAUUAAGAAUGGGAGUUGGAUUUUUAGUCGGUUAAUUUAUAAAACAUUAAAUAUUGAUGUAGUCGUACUCAUUUUGGACCUUUUUUUCAUUCCCGUUUGUUAUUUGAUAUAAUAUAUUGUAUGAUUGUUAAUAUCUGGUAGACGUAAACACAUUUACAACAUUCAUAUGCCAUUUAUGCAUUUGUUGGAAGUUAGCAAACCAAAAAGUAUAAACAAUAACAAAAUAUAUUAUACUUAAUUUAAGUAUUAGAUUUUUAAUAUAUCAUUUAAUACUUUAACUUUAAUGCUAUAAGUGGCAUUCAAAUAUAAUACUAUAAAUGCUUGAAAAAAAGAGACAAAAAUGUUAUGCAAUUUUGAAAUUUUUAGAAAAAAUUAUUAUAUAUUCAUAUAAAAAUAGAAAUAGUGACAUUACUUACUCUAUUGACUGAAAUAAAUACACCAUUCUGAAUUUGAUGACCAUAUUAAUAGUAGAAUAAUAAAGAAUUCAAAUAAAUCCCAAA